AUGUCUCUGCGGCGGUCAUCGAGAAAUGCGUUGAAGAAAGAAUCCGUAACUUCGGAGCCUGGGAACAUAGUGAAAAAGAUAGUCGGGGCUGGGAAGGGCAGUACAGUGCCCAAGCAGGCCAGCGCAGUAGCCAAGAAAGCCAGCGCACCGCGGAAACGAAAAACCACGGGAUCAGCGACAGAUGUGCAAGCCAACGGAUCAGACGUCGGGGAGUCGAAAUACCCCGACGUCGCAAGGCGAGUAGAGCCCUUGCCCGUCCCAGCAGAUGCGCCCCCCGCCGCGGACCCCCCUUCACCCGCGCUCCCCCCCAAGCGGCGCCGGAAAACAAACAACAGCUCGCCAGCGGAACCUGCACCCUCCACGCCAGCCCCGUCAGCUGUGCUGUCGAAACCCCCAGCCGGGAGAAAAUAUUCACUCCACGUAUUCGACACCCUCGCCUCUGACCACGCCCGCCCCGUAUCCCCACAUCUGAGCAACGCGCCCCUCCUCUCCCCCAACAACCCCCACGUCGCCGUCGUCGCGGCCGGCGAGUCGCCGGCCAAGAAGGCGCGGAAAGCAAAGGCGCCGCUGCCGCCGGACGUGGGAUCGCCUGUCAAGCCGGCCAAUGCGACGGUGGACACGCUGUUGCGGGACGCCGAGGCGUUUCUAGUGCGUGCGGACGAGACGGGCAAGUUGGAGGGGUUGAUUGCUAACAAGCGGUGCGAGGUGUUUAGUCCCGCCGGGUUGGGGGAGGUGGUGGAUCCGUUUACGGCGCUGGCCAGUGGGAUUAUCGGACAGCAGGUAUCCGGACAAGCCGCCUCCUCAAUCCGCAGGAGAUUUACCUCUCUCUUCCCAGACACGCACCCGGCCUUCCCCGCCCCGUCCCAGGUUCUGAGCAAAGACAUCCCCACGCUGCGCACCGCCGGCCUCUCGCAGCGCAAAGCAGAGUACAUCACGGGUUUGGCGGAGAAGUUCGCAUCGGGGGCCUUGACGGCUGAGGGGUUGGUGAGCGCAAGCGACGAGGCGCUAAUUGAGCAGCUGGUGGCGGUGCGCGGGCUGGGGCGGUGGAGUGUGGAGAUGUUUGCGUGUUUUGGGUUGAAACGGAUGGAUGUUUUUAGUACGGGAGAUUUGGGCGUGCAACGAGGCAUGGCCGCAUACAUGGGCCGCGACAUCUCCAAGCUGAAGAACAAGGGUGGCAAGUGGAAAUACAUGUCCGAGGCAGAGAUGCUGUCGAUAGCGAGCCGAUUCUCGCCCUACCGGUCCUUGUUCAUGUGGUAUAUGUGGCGGAUUGCAGAUGUGGAGACCGAGGUGCUGGAAUAG